AUGGUGCUGCUGCCGGUGGCGCGGCCGGAGCCGCGCAGCCCUGUGAGCCCGAAGAACUACGCCAACGUUAUCGACGCGAUCGGCUUCGGUCCCGCACAGAUUCUCACCUGUGCGGUCAGCGGCGCUGUUUGGGCGGCCGACGGCGCUGAACUUCUGAUUUUGGGAUCAGUGACUCGGGCCGUGUGGAAACUGCAGGCUUGGCAGCGGGGCGCCGUGGUCUCUGUGGUUUUCAUCGGCAUCCUCCUAGGUAACACAAGCAGCGGCCCGAUUGGUGAUGGAGUCGGACGCAAAUUGCCAGUGCUUGCCUCCUUUGUGGGCAUUGUGGUUUUCAGUGUCCUCUCCGCAUCAGCUACAGGAUUCAUUAUGCUGGCGGCCAUCCGCAUGUUCGUGGGAGCAUCUUUCGGGAUCGGCCAGCCCGCGAUUCUUACCUUGCUGAAUGAUAUCACGCCUUCCAGGUGGCGGGUGUUGGUGGUGAGCCAGGGCCAGGGUUUGUUUUGCCUCGGCGAGAUCUACGCAGCAAGCCUCAUUUGGUGGAAUGAUCCAAGCAUGCAAGCGCUGGACUGGCGCUGGUUGUGCAUCAUGGGGGCCAUACCCUCUAUCACCGGAUUCGUGCUAGCCUACUUCUUCCUCAAGGAAUCUCCUGGCUAUUUGCUGGAGAAUGGGCACCACGAAGAGGCGCAAGCAGUUCUGGAGUCUUUCAAGUCCUGGAACGGAGCCGACCACGUGUGCUGCGAGUCUGUGACAGCGUCCUCUCAAGCAAGGACUCCCAGAUCAGCGCGUCAGAAUGUCGAGGCCAUAUUCUCCCGGUCUUUGAUCCUCACCACGCUGGCAAUGAUGUACUCCUGCUUCAUGCUGAACUGUGCAUUUUACGGCACGCUAUACUCGUUUCCCCAGGUCUUGACUGACGUGAAGACGCCCUAUGCUCCAGCCGUGGCCUUGAUAGUUGGCGCAAUGAGUGAGUGGCCCGCCUUCUUUGUGGCACCUGCCCUGGAGCAGGUUGUUGAUAAGAAGGUGAUUCUACGCGUCUACCCAGUUGUCGCAGCGAGCGUGCUGCUGAUGUUUAUUAUCGGCGCCAAUGGCAACGGCCUCCUCUACAGUGUUCUGCUCCAAGCCGGGUAUCUAGGAGUCAAAAUGAUUUUGGGAAUUGGUUUCGUGGUUGUGUACGCCUGUGCAUGCACUGCCUUCCCGGUGGCCGUGCGCACCACUGGCACAGCGGCAUGCAUCGCUGGUGGACGCGUUGGCGGCAUUCUGGCACCGCUGAUCUUCGAGCAGCUCAUGGAAAGCUUUGGGAGAGUGCUGCUUUUCGAGAUCUUAAUCGAGCCAGCCUCCGACUUCUAUCCGGAUGCCGACUCCAGCUAUUUCAGUUGGGAGGCCUUCUUUUUCUUCCUCACAGGUGGGUACAUACUCAAUGCCCUCAUCGUAUUCGCCCUCAAGCUGGAAGACAGCGAAGAUUUGGAGGGACUCGAAGAGGCGCUCCCUGUGCGGAGUCUUGCUGCAAAAUCCUUCGGUUCAGCCUAG